ACGAGAGACGACAGAAGAGAGAGAGAGCGAGCGAGAGACAUCGCUGGACAACAAGCGGGAACACCACAGGUCAACGGAGAGAGAGAGAGACUUCAUUAAUGAACACACACACACACGCUGCAUCCCUGAAGCCUGAUCACUGAUUCGCUGGUGUGGGGUGUGUAGUUUAACGCUGGAUCAUGGAUGCGUUAGGAAGGGUUUAGGUCACUGAAGGUCACCGGAUCGUGUGUGUGUGUGUGUGUGUGUGUGUGGAGAUGGAGCUGUGGAGACAGUGCGCCGGAUGGCUGAUUCAGUGCCGAGUGCUUCCGGAGAACCACAGGGUCACCUGGGACAGCGCACAGGUGUGUGAUCUGGCCCAUGCUCUGAGAGAUGGGGUUUUACUCUGUCAGCUGCUCAAUAACCUGCUGCCCCAGUCGGUCAACCUGCGCCAGAUCAACCUGCGGCCCCAGAUGUCACAGUUCUUGUGUCUGAAGAACAUCAGGACGUUCCUGUGUGCCUGUCAGGAGAAAUUCGGCUUGAAGAAAAACGAGCUUUUCGAGGCCUUUGAACUGUUUGAUGUCCGGGACUUUGCAAAGGUGAUCGACACUCUGUCCUUCCUGUCGCAAACGCCGCUGGCCCUGCAGAGAGGAUUCCGGCCGUUUCCAGACGAAGCGUGUGUUGGAGAUGAUGACAUCUACACGGGCCUCUCAGACCAGAUCGAUGAUACGGUGGAUGAAGAUGAUGAUCUUUAUGACUGUGUGGAGGAAGAUGAGGAUGAAGGAGAUGAUAUUUAUGAAGAUCUGAUGAGGACAGAGGAACCAGAAACACAGCAGAAAGUUGAAGUGGACAAGAGGAGUUGCUGUCUUCAGGAAAUCAGACAGACUGAGGAGAAAUACACAAGCACACUGGAAUCAAUACUUCAGCACUUUCUGAAACCACUGCAGCCUUUCCUUCAGCCAGUGGACGUGGAGAACAUCUUCAUUAAUAUUAAUGAUCUGGCCAAGACCCAUCGCUCUCUCCAUCACGAGGUGCAGGAGUCUAUACUGCACUUAGGAGCCGAAAACCUCUAUCAGAUCUUCAUUGACUACAAGGAGAGGCUGCUGCUAUACGGCCGUUACUGCAGUCAGGUGGAAUCCGCCACCAAACACCUGGACAAGAUCUCCAGCACCAGAGAAGAUGUGAAGAUGAAACUGGAGGAGUGUUCGAUGAGAGCCAACAGCGGCAGGUUUUCCCUGCGAGAUCUGCUGAUGGUUCCCAUGCAGAGAGUCCUGAAGUAUCAUCUGCUGCUGCAGGAGCUUAUGAAACAUACAGUGGACCAACAAGACAAGGAAAACUUACGCACUGCACUGGAUGCCAUGAGGGAUCUGGCUCAGUGUGUAAACGAGGUGAAGAGAGACAAUGAGAUCAUCCGUCAAAUCACAACGUUUCAGCUGUGCAUCGAGAACAUGACUCAGUCUCUUGCGUUAUACGGCCGUCCCAAAAUAGAUGGAGAAUGCAAGAUCUGCAGCCCAGAGAAGAAAUCCAAACAGGACAGGUACGCGUUCCUCUUCGAUAAGGCUCUGCUGGUGUGUAAGAAGCGCAGUGGGGAGAGUAUGGAGCUGAAGGAACUGAUUGAACUGCAGAAUUAUCAGCUGAGAGACGAAGCGUCGGGAGAGAAAGACAGCAAGAAGUGGACACACACGUUCCUCCUGAUGGACGUAUACGGGCAAGGCGGCUACGAUCUGUACUUUAAGACGCGUGAGCUGAAGAAGAAGUGGCUGGAGCAGUUUGAGAUGGCGCUGUCAAACAUGUGUCCGGAGAACAGCUCUGCUAACGGUCAUGACUUCCAGAUGCACUGUUUUGAAGACACCACCUCAUGUAAAGCCUGUCAGAUGCUCCUCAGGGGCAUCUUCUAUCAGGGCUACCGCUGCUCGCGCUGUAAGAUGGCCGCUCAUAAAGAGUGUCUGGGCCGAGUUCCUGCGUGUGGACGAAACUCAGACUCUGGAACGCUGAAGAAGGGUAAGACGAUGAGAUUAGCAGCUCAAAGACAGACUAAACCAGGUCUGCCUAAGAUGGAGGUGUGCCUGGACUACUACGGUCUCCCGCCGCCGCCGGUGGCGUUCGGGCAGCCGCUGCCGCUGUCUGUGGGGGACGUGGUGGAGCUGACGCGCGCGGAGGUCGACCUGCAGUGGUGGGAGGGCAGGAAUCUGACCAUCGGCGAGGUCGGCUGGUUUCCCUGCAGUAAAGUGCAGCCAUUCUUACCGGCGACUCCUCCAGACCUCACAGCCCUGCCCUGGUUUGCUGGUAACAUGGACCGGGCCGGUGCUAAAACUCUCUUGACCUCUCGCUCUGACGGGACGUUUCUGGUGCGACAGAAAGACGCUGGAGAAUUUGCCAUCAGCCUCAAGUUCAACAUGGACACCCGACACAUAAAGGUCACGUACGCAGAGGGGCUCUACAGAAUCAACGAGAAGAAAGCCUUCAAGGGGCUGUUCGAGCUGGUGCAGUACUAUCAGGAGAACUCCCUGAGAGAGUGUUUUAAAGAUGUGGACUCCAGACUUCAGACGGCGUACAAGCAGCCGGAGCAGAGCGCAGCGCCGGUGCACAGCAACACACACAGCACAGGGCCGAGCGAGCGCUACCACGGCACCGCCAAAGUGCGCUACGAUUUCUCCGCGCGGGACCGCACUGAACUCUCUCUGCGGGAGGGAGACACCGUCAAAAUCAUAUCCAAGAAAGCUCACAACGGCUGGUGGAGAGGAGAGGUGUACGGCAGGGUGGGCUUGUUUCCUGCUAAUUACGUGGAGGAGGAGCAUUCAGAUUACUGCUGACCAAUCAAAACCUUCAGAUCCCAGCUGGCCAAUCAACAGCUUCGGAUCCCUGCUGGCCAAUUAAAACCUUCGGAUCCCUGCUGGCCAAUCAACAGCUUCGUUACAUCACACUGACGUUACUCUCCAGACCCGUGCUUCACUAGACACAGACCAACU